CACCAAUAGCGGUGGAUGCCAACCGCCGUUAAACACCACAGAAGAAGACGACUAAGAAGAAUCACCAAAGGAGUGGUGCUAGCAGAAUGUUAUAUAACAAAGAACCAAACUACUACUACUAUUACCUAGCUAGCAACAUUGAUACUACAUAUCGCCACGUAUUGUCUGCCUAAACGGCUGUGGACUCUUUACAAUGGCGCCGGCAAAAAAACGGAAACGCAACGAGAAAAGACAACACAUUGCAGCCCUCAUCCUAGCGAGAGGAGGGAGUAAAGGGAUCCGCUUGAAGAAUAUAAAAAUGCUAGCCGGUGUCCCCCUCAUUGGAUGGGUUUUGAGAGCUGCACUGGACUCCAAACAGUUUAACAGUGUAUGGGUAUCAACUGACCAUGAUGAAAUUGAGAAGGUGGCCACGACGUGGGGAGCUCAGGUUCAUCGUAGGAGCCCGGAAGUGUCUAAAGACUCCACUUGCUCCCUUGAUGCUAUCCAGGAAUUUGCCAAAAAUCACAAAGAGGUGGAUGUGGUCUGCAACAUCCAGGCAACAUCUCCCUGCCUCCACCCCUCCCACUUGAAGGAGGCCCUGGAGUUGAUCACCAAACAGGGCUUCGAGUCAGUUUUCUCCGUGGUCCGACGACACCACUUCCGCUGGCAGGAGGUUAACAUAGGAGCCUCCUCUUCCUCAGGCUUUGAGGUCACCAAACCCCUGAACCUGGAUCCCAGGAAGCGGCCGCGGAGACAGGACUGGGCUGGGGAGCUCUGUGAGAACGGGUCCUUCUACUUCACCACCAGAAGGCUUAUCGAGGAAGGCCAGAUACAGGGGGGAAAGUGUGCCUACUAUGAGAUGCUGCCGGAAUAUAGUGUCGACAUUGAUGUGGAUAUUGACUGGCCUGUGGCAGAACAGAGAGUGCUGAGGUUUGGUUACUUUGGCCAGGACAAACUCGAGGUGGUGCGUCUGCUGCUGUGUAAGAUCUCCGGCUGUCUGACCGACGGAUGCUUCCCAAUCUCUGCCUCAGGACCGGAGAUGGUCACUGUCAACGAAAAAGACAUCAAUGGGAUUCGCAUGCUGAAGCAAGAAGAGGUGGAUGUGAUCCUGAUCUCAUCCAACGAGGACCUCCUGCCAAAGGGUCUGGCUGAAAAACUGUCCAACAUGACAGACUGUCAAGUCAUAAAGCUGGAGAAAGACAUCCAGGGAGAGGUCAAAGCCAUUAUGGACAGCAGGAAACUGGACUGGAAGGAGGUCGCUUACAUGGGUAAUGAUGUACAAGAUGUUGAGUGUCUGAACCUGGCAGGGCUGAGUGCAGUACCCACCGAUGCACCUGUGGUAGCGCUAAAUGCCGCUAAAUACUCAUGCCACAGUGCUGCAGGCAAAGGUGCUGUACGAGAAUUUGCUGAUCACAUUUUGCUCCUCAAGAAGAAGGCCAAGGCUCAGAUGGAACAGAACUGCAUCCCCGGACAAAUGCAUUCAAACUGCACAGAGAUACCACCCGUUGUGGAAAUUCUGAACUAAGGUACAACUGAGAAAUGUCUCUAUUACGUGAUAUGUAACUAAUCUUUGGAUGUGAUACACAUGUCUGUAUAAAUAUCAGAGCAUCACUAGGUACACUGACCAUCUGUUACUAGACCAAGAAGGUACCAGUCCUUUGCACAUUCCUUAGGAAUCUGUGUGACAUAAGACAGAUUUGCAGCAUCUUACCACAUCACUUUUUACACUACACGAAUAAUGAUUGUAAUGUCUUAAUCAUCUUUUGAUGAUUAAGACAUCAAAAGACAAAUAAACUGUUGUGCCAAGAUAA